AUGGCCAUACAUGGAAACCCCGAGGCAGAGAGCAGCAGCGAAGCCCCCCAGGUUUCACUCUGUAGAAUGGAAGGUCUCUACAGUAACAGCACUUUACCGGACCAAAGCUUUAACUACAGCAACAUCACCUGCAACUACCAAAAGAGCAUCCAUGAGUACCUAUACAAUGAGCCUGAUGUCAUAUAUGUGGUGACAUGCGUUAUCAUUGUUGUCGGCCUUCCUUUGACCCUGGUGGCCAUCAGUGCUCUUUAUUCUAUGGUGAGAAGUGAUCAUGUUGCUCCCAUCUACCUCAUCAACCUUCUCAUUAGCGACCUGAUUCAACUCUGCUGCAUGAUCGUUGAAGUGGCACCACCUGAGGAUGAGAUUAUAUCUGUCAUGUCCUUUUGUAUUUACCUCUCUGGUCAGAUUGCCAGUGUUUACUUCAUGGUCUGCAUCGCCCUGGAAAGGUAUUUGGUCAUCGCCCACCCGCUGUGGUACCGCUUCAGACGAACCAUCAGGAGCUCUGUGGCGGUCUGUGUCCUGGUCUGGGUCCUUCCUCCUUUUUGUGUUGUCCUUUUCUUUUUUGUUUAUCUGGUCCCAGCAAUAAUCUACCCCAUCCUCCUCCUCCUUCCCUUCCCACUGUUAAUAUUCUCCCUGGUUGGGACCCUCAAAGCCCUGUCUGCUUCCAUCUCGGUCCCCUCUGAUGAAAAACGAAGAAUUGUGGGAGUUUUGGUUCUGGUGCUGCUUAUUUAUACGAUGUUCCUGCCCGCCAUCAUUUGGUACCUGGAAGUAUUCAGUCAAGAGCGCUUGUUCCUGGGAUCAAAAAAUGACCUUAUCCACUUAGGUCUGUCUUUCAUCUUUGUCAGGCUGAGUCCUCUUGCAGACUUGUUCCUGUAUGUCUUCAUGAGGAAAGGGUUCAUAGACAAGCUUUUGGCCUCUGUGUGUUGCUGCAGAAUGGACAGCAAUGAUAUCAGCAGUCCAUCAGUAUGAAUGAUGACAACAUUUCCACAGUCAGCUUCAUGUAGGCAGAGAAAGAGGGAGAGAGAGAAAGGGGAGGAAACAGGAGGAGAAAUGGAGGCCAAUAGAAAGGAUAGAGACGAGACAGAUCCUGUCAUCUACUGAGACCAUUUCCAAUAAGACACCUAACUGUAGAGAACAGGAAGCACUGUUUGGACUCUGCUGUGGGAGAAGUGGCUGCUGGGAAAUGUUUUGGUCAACUUGCUCUGGUUCACUGUGAUGGCUUCA